AUAAAUAAACCUGUAGAUAUAAUCAUAUAAUCAGUUAACAGCGUUUGUCUUAUCAUCUAUACCUGUGUCGUAUAUAAAAGCUGAGCGCAGAAAGAAAUCAACUUAGAUAGACCGAGGUAGUUGACAGCGAUAACUUGACGUAUAUAGAGUGAUAUACCUUUUACUGUUAUACAGACAUAGUGUUAUAUAAAACUUGUGUGAUACCAUUGUACCGUUUAUCUAUAUAAUCUGAAUACGUAGGAAGUGGAUUGUUAAUAAUCUUAGAUUUAGUGAUUUAAAGAAACGCUUUUUUGGAUUAACCAUAAACGGAUUGGAUUUUUGUGAAAUGAAUUUCUACAGAUUAUCAAGUUAUUAUUAAAGGUUAUUAAAAGGAUUAACCGUGGGUGAAGUUAUAAUACUGUUGUACAGUACUUCUUGAUAUAUUUUUGCACUUAAAUAGUAAAACACACAGUCGCCAAAAUUGCUCCGUCAAAGACGUUAGCUUUUCUCAGAGAGAUGCGUGAUCACGUGAUGUCGUGUUUUGGUACAUGCGUGGAGGAAUCCACAAAAUUUUACAACACACCAGAGGAAUCCAAGAAAGCCAGAUUACGAGAUAAACAGCUGACCCGGUUACUGCAUAAAUAUCAUAAAGAGGAUAUGAAAAGAUUAAAAUUACUGCUGUUAGGAACGGGCGAAUCUGGUAAAAGUACAAUAACUAAACAAAUGAAGAUUAUUCACAUCAACGGCUUCGAUAAUCAUGAACGAUUAUCUAAGAUAGUGGAUAUAAAAAGAAAUAUUCGUGAUGCCAUUUUGUCUAUGGCUGGAGCCAUGCAUAAUUUAUCUAUCCCGCUACAAGAUGAAUCUAAUCAGCCAUGUUUAGAAUAUGUACUUCGCGAAGCCAGUAACCCAGAACAGGAAAUUACACAGGAAUUCUUAGAGAAAACCCAACAGUUAUGGUCUGAUGGAGGUGUACAAGAAUGUUAUGAACAAUCGCAUCGUUAUCAGUUAAUAGACUGUGCUAAAUAUUUUUUAGACAGAUUAGAUGAGAUACGUCGUGAUGACUAUAUUCCAAAUGACCAAGAUAUUCUACGAUGUCGAGCCAUAACAAAUUCCAUUCAGCAUAUAGAAUUUAAUGUCCCGGAUGCUGGAGACCAGGUUAAAUUUAGUGUUUACGAUGUUGGCGGUCAGCGAGGUGAACGAAAGAAAUGGAUCCAGGUUUUUGAUAGUGUAGUAGCCAUUUUGUUUGUAGCAGACGCCAGUACGUUUGAUCAAUGUUUACUUGAGGAUUCUGAUAAAAACAGACUUUUAGAAGCCCUGGAAAUAUUUGAACAAGUCUGGAAUAAUAGGUUUUUACGAAAUGUUUCCGUUUUACUUUUCAUCAAUAAAAUUGAUAUAUUAGCUGAAAAGGUUUUACGGGGGAGGAGUAUACAGCAGCUGAAUGAAUUAUACCCGGAUGUCUUCCCAGAAUACAGUUCUUUUAACCCAUCAAAUAGUGAAAAAUUAGAAUUUAUGGAGUCUUUCCCAGGCGGAAGUGAUAUUCAUAAAAAGAAAGGUCGUUCAGCGUCGAGGCCAGAUAUUGACCCAGAAGUUGUGAAAACCGCAGUGUACAUCAAGCACCUUUUUAUGAAAAUCGUCAAAGGUGAAUUAAAAUUAAAAGAAACCGUUCAACCCCAUGACAAAGAAUGGCAUAGCCAACAUAACUGUGAAUAUUACUAUACGUGUGCUGUGGACACGAACAAUGUUAAAAAGGUUUUAAAUGGAUGCCGAACUGUUAUAAUCCGGAAACAUUUAGAACGAUUUGGAAUAAUCUGAUCAACGAUCAUUCGCUUUCUGUUUAACAACGAAGCUAGUCAGAACAUUUUCGGGUGCGGCAGAAAAUCCAUUUACCAUUCCAAGAUGUCCAUGAAAGUGUGUGGUGCUUUGAAACUUGAGAGAAACUUUAUUGGUGGUUGAUUAUUAGUCCUUUGAAGACAAUAUUCAGCUUAUGACUGCUCUCUUAAAGCCGCCUUUAUAAUGACCCAACACUGUUCAUGGCGUCAUAUAUAAAGGGGCGAUAACUGUGAUAGAAUAAAGCUUAAAAGAACGAGAAUUUUGUUAUUCUGCAAUUCUGCAAGGUUUUUAUUGUGAUAUAAAUGUGUUAAUGAACUAAGAAAAGAUUAGCUUAAUCUUGUACAAUGUUUAAUAGUCAUUAAUCAGCUUUCUGUGAUAAUUGCACAUUUGCCAUUUAUAUAGACGGUUUUCAAUUAAAAUACGCUAGUGCUAAAAAAUAGUGCAAAUUGUAUACACUUAGUUUGUGAUACUAUCUACCCCGAACAAUGCCUGUAGAUAGAUUGAACGCAUAGUAAUGGGAUCAAAAGCCACUGUUAUCACCAGGUCUGCCAGUAUAUGCAUUAUAACAAUUCAAUACGUGAAUUAUAUCAUCGGUGGUCCUUGAAAACAGUUAGACACAAGGAACCGCCAACUAUAGACUUAUGUGUGUAGGCUUAUCAUGGACAAUAACUUACAAACAAAUGAUGCCUAUACCGGUGUCUUAAUAACCAACUACUAUGGAUUACACGGUGAGCUAGACAUGUAACUGAACACAGGAUGUCCAUCUGACCAAUGUCAUCUUUUUUCCAUAUUUCAUAACAAGUGCCAUAGUUACAUUUAUCUUGUAAAUAAAACAUUCUCAAUACUCAAAUCAAUUUGUAUUAUCAUUUAAAAAUUGUGUACUUUUCUGAUAAAUGAAUAGAAUAAAUAAUUAAAAAUUAA